AUGACAGAUUCCAAGAAGCAUGAAUUGAAAGAUCAGUCCGAAAAGAAGAGAGUCAAGAGACGGAGAAAUUACGACGAUUACGACAAAGAAGUUGCAGCUGAAGAUUCCAAAGUCAAGACCAGCGGCAAGAAGGAUGGUAAAAGCGAGGAUGAAAGUGAGAGUGAAGACGACGAGAAACUAGACAUGAUGCUGAACAAGGAGGAAGAGGAGGACGAUGAUUUGGCCGAAAUUGAUAGCACCAAUAUUAUCCAAGGUGGUCGUCGUACUAGAGGAAAAGUGAUUGACUACAAGAAGACCGCAGAAGCUUUAGACAAAGAGGCGGGGAAAACAGAGUCCAGUGGUGAGGAAGCAAAGGAGGCGGAAAGCGCAGUUCAAGAUCAAGAAGAGGAUGCUGAAGAUGCGGAUUUCGGAGAACCUGAAAAGUAG